AUGAUCGCCCGAACCCUCUCGUCUUCAUACCUCACCACAGCUUCUGGCACGAAGACACAUUAUCUGCAAAGUGGUAACCCUUCUGGGUCGCUUCUGAUCUGCCUACAUGGGUUGGGAGGCUCAACCGAGACAUUCUUGCCACUUGUGUCCUCUUUGCCCCAGACCCACAGCGUCGUUCUCGUCGAUUUCCCUGGCUUCGGAAAGACGCCAUUGACAGAAUCCGCAAGACCACUUUCUAUAGAAGGCCAUGUCGCCGACUUGGGCGAUCUCGUCACAUAUUUACAAGGAAAUUCGAGCAACCCAGCUUCAUCCGGGGUCGUCAUCAUCGGACACUCCCUCGGUGCCAUUGUUGCUUUGCACUUUGCCGCAAGGUAUCCCCAAAUCGUUAGAGGCCUCACGCUCAUCGGUCCUGGUAGAGCAGCAGGUCAUAUACCCGCAGUCCGGCAACGUAUGCUCGACCUUGCGGCUGCGGUGAGGAAGGAAGGCAUCAACUAUGCGGCGGCUGCCGCAGCCAAGUCCAACUUUUACGAGGACACUCAGUUCCGAAAGGUGGACCCAGCUACUAGAGAAGCUGUACGAACUGACGUCAGCUCUUCGAAUCCUGAAGCUUAUGCGCAGACAUGUGAAGCUAUCGUGGCUACUAGUCACAUUGACCCAGAAUACAAAGAUAUUACCUGCCCUAUUGUCUUCGUGGCUGGAGACAAGGACAUGAUCAGCCCAGUGGAGCGAUCGAACGAUCUCAGUUCACUGGUGGGAGGAAGGAGCCGCGUAGUUGUUGUUCAAAGUGGACAUCAGCCGAUAUUGGAGGACCUUCCUGGCGUUGAGAGAGCGGUACAACAGCUGUUCGAAGCCAUGGCUGAAUAA